CUCGUGUCGCCGCCGAUGGUGCUGCCGGGGUCCUGCUGCCCUCUCCAGGGACUCGUCCCGCUGCCUCAGGCCGCCGGCCUCUCGCCGCUGCCCCUCCGCCCGGGCGCGCCGCCGCGCCGCCGCCCGCGCUCCCCGUGCCGCCCGUGUCCCCCGCUGCCUUUCCGCUCGCUAUUCGGGCUGGGGCUGCUGCAGACCGGCCUGGGCUGCGCCGUGGUGGCGCUGGGCUUCGGGGCGCUGUGGCUGAGCGGCGCUCCGCAGGUGAAGAACGCGUGUCCCCUGUGGGCCGGCUCCUCGGCGAUCUUAUGUGGAAUCUUAGGAUUGACAACAUGGAAGAGGCCAAUGCUGCUUUUGGUUAACUUGUUUGUUCUACUGUCUGUGAUCAGCGUUAUGCUUAACGUGACUGGAUUGAUACUUGGAUGUCAAGGCAUUCAAUUUGUGUCCAGGGUACCCAGAUGCGAUUUGAUGAAUAUGGAUGAAAACAAGACUUGUUUGUGCUGUGAAGAACUUCAUUCCACCAAAUGCACAGAAGCAGAGGCUGUACUGAAGCUAUACCAUGUGAAGUCAUGCAGUGCUACUCAUCUUCUUCUCAAGAAAGUUCUCUUAGCUCUUAGUGUCCUGAAUGCUCUCACCGCUACAGUUUGCUUCAUAGCAGCUGCCCUGCAUUACUUACAGAUACUUGCAUCAAGAAGAUCCUGCACAGGUGAAUGUGAAAUUGAAGAUGAAGAUCACAAUUUGGACCUUGAUGAUUUUGUCCCACCUGUCCCACCUCCUUCCUAUUUCACAAUUUUGAGUUCUUGUACUCCAGAAACAAGUUACAGCCCACCUGUCUCUGAUGUGAUUUCACUGCCCUAUAUUUAUGUAACGCGAAUCAAUGGGGUUGAAGUGUUCUGCCCUCUGGACCCACCUCCACCUUAUGAAACUGUGUGCAGCUUAAAAAGCUCUGAGCAGGGAGGUGCACUUCAAAUAAAUGGCAUGGAAGAUGUUGAUUCAGGGGAAGUAGGUGACAGGCAGUCCUCUCAAGCUGAAGAAAUUCAGGAGCCUUCCAGCAGAAUGAGCCUUUCCCCUUCAAAUGCAAGCUGUGUGCCUGCAGGAGCAAGUAGGAGAGCCUUCCAUCCCUUGAGGAAAUGUUCUAAAAGUGACCCUGUGCUCCUGCACUGCCAGCUGCCUCAAGAGACAGUGCUCAGCUGUGAAACUGCAACACCCAGUGACGUAAAUCCACCGAACGCUGUCACCUUGCGGAGGGGUUCAAGAGUAAGAGCUGUGAGGGGAAGACCCCAAUCUCUGAUAGACUAUAAGUCUUACAUGGACACUAAACGGCGUGUGGCAUGGAUCCUUAAGCAGUCCUCCUGCAGCAUGAGCCCAGACAUACACGAGUUGGUGGAAAAUAUCAAGUCUGUUUUAAAAUCAGAUGAGAAACACAUGGCAGAAGCUGUCAGCAGUGUCACUUUCCUUGAGCAGGUGAUGACACCUUCCCAGCAAGCCACGUCAUCGAGAGGCCAUGUGUUACCUUUGCAUCCUGGAUUGCUGUACCUGGAGAGCUGUGGUGACCUGAGCACUUUCACCACAGAGGGAGAACAGCUAGCACAGAGAAGAAUCCAAAGAGCAGAACAUGAACGGCCUCACAGUGUUGUUGGUAUUGUCAGGGAAACUGUACUUUGAGCUAGCUUUUUGGUUAUUCCUCAGCAGUGCACUUCUGUCAGACAUACAGAUACUGCAGAGGAAAAUUAUCUCUGGCAAGUGAGUGGAGGGUUUGUCAAUAAUCACCUUUUUUAGUACUCUUAUGCACAGACUCCAAAGGGGAAGAUCAUUCUACAGAGAGUAUUAAGCACAUUGAAAGCUGACCUUUAUUGGGCAUGCAGCUGCAGCUCAUCUGUUUGUGAUAUAUUUGUGCCCUGCAUUUCUGUGAAGUUUGGUAACGUGUAGUUGUGGGGGAUGAUGAUACAUCAUCAUACAUCAUCCUACAUCAUGGAAGGAGCUGUCUAAAGCAGUAUUGAAGAACUUGGCAAAUUUUUGGUACUUUUGGUUUAAAUUAAAAUCUCCUGUAAUAAAAUGGAGACCUUCAGAUAGAAAGUAAGUUGGUAAAAAAAUGGUGUACAGAAUUCUUAAAUUAUUCUUUAUAAAAGAAGGUUGUUGAUGUGCAAAUUGUACUAAAAAUAAUAACUGUCUUGAAGAAAUAC